GGUCCACAGACAUAGCAACUUGUCUGUCUCAGGGCUCUGCAUGCAAAAAUCUUCCAUUGGAAGAUGGAUUUGAAUCACACGUGGUUCUUUAGAAAUUCACGUUUUGUUCGGUUCUCUUGAUCUCUUCCUCUUCUUCUCUCCAUGAUCCAUACAUUGUUACUCGCUUUAGCCAAUGCAGAUUGAUCAUGCUUCAAGGUUGUUCUACCGCUAAACUCACUGUUUAUUGAGGGAGCUAACGAGAACGAUGGAAAUCAACAUUCCUGCUAUGGCACAAGAUAAUUCUGGUGCUGAUUGCUGUCUUGGUCUCAUAAGAGAUCAAGUUCGCUUGGUUAAAAGGAAACACUCUGAUCGCUAUGAGGUUGCUCCAAUCCAUGACCAAUUAUCAUUUGAGAAGGGGUAUUUCGUAGUAUUCCACGCAUGCCAAUUGUUGGUCCAAAAGAAUGAUGGAAUAAUAUUGGUAGGGGUGGCAGGUCCUUCAGGGGCUGGGAAGACUGCAUUUACUGAAAAGAUACUCAACAUCUUGCCAGGCAUUGCAGUCAUUUCAAUGGACAAUUACAAUGACUCUAGUCAAAUUGUUGAUGGAAACUUUGAUGAUCCACGCGUAACAGAUUAUGAAACAUUGCUCCGAAAUAUACGUGAUUUAAAGGAAGGAAAGCCAGUGCAAGUUCCUAUAUAUGAUUUCAAAUCCAGUUCACGUACAGGAUACAGGACAGUAGAUGUGCCAAGCUCUCGAAUUGUGAUUAUAGAGGGCAUUUAUGCAUUGAGUGAGAAGUUGAGGCUUCUAUUGGACCUUCGAGUAUCUGUAACAGGCGGCGUUCACCUUGACCUUGUUAAACGAGUUAUACGUGAUAUACAACGUGCUGGUCAAGAACCUGAAGAAAUUAUUCAUCAAAUAUCUGAGACGGUAUAUCCUAUGUACAAGGCUUUUAUUGAACCUGAUCUGCAGACAGCACAUAUAAAAAUCAUCAACAAGUUCAAUCCGUUUAUUGGAUUCCAGAGCCCUACUUACAUAUUAAAGUCAGCCAGAAAUGUAACAGUGGAUCAAAUUAAAGCUGUUCUCUCUGAAGAUUUUGAGGAAACAACUGAGCAGACUUAUGACAUAUAUCUUCUACCACCUGGUGAAGAUCCGGAAAGCUGUCAAUCAUAUUUACGGAUGCGGAAUAAGGAUGGGAAAUACAAUCUCAUGUUUGAGGAAUGGGUGACAAACAAUCCAUUUAUCAUAUCACCAAGAAUUACUUUCGCAGUUAGUGUUCGUCUCCUUGGUGGACUAAUGGCCCUAGGAUACACAAUAGCAACUAUCCUUAAAAGAAGCAGCCGUGUAUUAUCGGAUGAUAGGGUUUGUGUGAAACUAGAUUGGCUUGAGCAACUUAAUCGACAUUAUGUUCAGGUACAAGGAAGAGAUCGCUUAGUUGUGAUAUACAUAGCACAACAGAUGGGUCUUGAAGGUUCUUACAUUCCCCGUACCUACAUUCAACAGAUUCAACUUGAAAAGCUUGUAAAUGGUGUUGUGGCCAUGCCAGAUGAUUUAAGGACAAAGCUUAGACUUGAUGAGGAUUUGAUGUCAAGCCCCAAAGAAGCACUCUUUAAAGCCUCUACUAACGCGCUUCACGUAAGACAUAGGCGUAUAAGGAGUGAUAUGUCACAGUCAUGUACAAAUCAAAGGGAUAAAAAUCAAGCCAAAGUAACUGGAUAUGUUUCCAACAAUCGAGUGCUUCAUGAAAGAGAUAAUUCAGAUUCAGUCACAAAUCUGGCAAAUCAGGGGGCCAUUACAAUACUUUCAGAACAAAUUUCUUCCUUAAAUGAUAGAAUGGAUGAGUUUACAAAUCAAAUUCAAGAGCUGAACUCCAAGUUAACUAUCAAGAAAAAUUGUGCAAGCCAACAAAAUAUUGUCCUGCAAGCUGAGGCCUGCAAUGGUUCUGCUCCCACCUCUCACUCCAUCACUAGUUGGAAUAAUCGUUCACUAACUAGACCUAUCAUUCCAAAUUCCUCGUCCCCAACACAGUUCGCCAAGGAGACACCAUUAGCAGAUGAGGUCACACAAAAUUGGGAGUGGGGCCCAUAUAAUUUAGUGGACCCUACGUGGAUUUCAACUAAUGAAAGAGAGACGGUUGGAAAGAGUGUCAAAAUUGCAAUGGGUCAGCGUCAGAUCAUUCAUCAGUUGGACAAUCUGAAUAAUCUUUUAUGCGGAAACACGGGAGAUAAGCCUCAUCAAACAAGAACCAACAGAAAAAGUGUAGCUCCUUAUUCAGAUUCCACUGGACCUAAUCUAAUAUUGGCAGUGGCUGUUGGUUGUUUGGGGAUCUUCUUGGUGAAGGGUUUGUUAACUCGAAAUUGAUACCUGGACAUAUAAUCAGUGCUAUUCAGUCAUAUUUUUAUUUUACUUCAUGAUAUUUUUCUGAUAAGAUAGUGAGGCAUUGCCAAUGAUUCUGAGGCUAGUAUAGCUUUCAAGGGUAUUUGAGGAUCUGACAGGGGAGAUGAUGCCUGCUGGAAAUUUCGUAGUAUUACUUGGUAUCUUAGUUUAUGGCAUUUUCAACUUUAAGACUUUUCCCUUUUCUAACUAUAGUUACCUAGUUAACAAUAUGAUAGCCAAGAUGUAACGAUGAUUUAAAGCUAGUAAUGACUUAGUUAUUUUAUGCCUUGGGUAAAUGUUAUUUUCC